UGUUGUGCUUGUGUGUGAGAACUGUACCUGUUUGCGUACAUUUUGGUGCUGCUUGCUAUAAAUAGUCCCCGCUUGUGGCUCGGUUGGUGAUUCUGUGGGAGACGAUGGCUGCACCAGGACCUCCUCUGCUCUGGUUUCUGUCCCUGUUGCUGCUGCUGCUUUUGAGCAAGGCAUCCCUGCCUGCGGCUGCAUACACGCUCAUCCCAGCACAACAGCCACAACACAAAGUCCUCCAGCUGGACUGGCCACAGGAUUGUGGCAUGCCCCACUUCAAGCCAAACAUGAUUGAGAGGAUUGUCUCUGGAAAUGAGGCCAGACCUCACUCCUGGCCCUGGCAGGUCUCUCUGCAGGUUCGACCCAGAGGAAGUAAACACUACAUUCAUGUCUGUGGAGGAACUCUCAUCCAUAAGAACUGGGUGCUAACUGCAGCUCACUGCUUCCAAAAGGGAAAAGCGGAGGAUCCAGGGAGCUGGAGGAUUGUCCUUGGGAAGCACCAGCUGAAACGCUCAGAGUCUGCAGAGAGGAUUUUCCCCAUCAAGAGGAUCUACCGGCACGAGAACUUCCGCUAUCCUACUCACAGCGAGCUGGACUACGACAUCGCGCUGGUGAAGGCCGGCACGGACAUCCUGCCUUCAAACUUCAUCCGCUAUGCCUGCCUGCCGCGCAAGCAGAGCCCCCUCAAACCGGGGCACUACUGCUGGGUGACGGGCUGGGGAGACACCAGAGGUGGGAAGGAGAACGUCUCCCUGGCAGAAGCGCUGAAUCAAGCCCGUCUGCCCAUCAUCGACUUCAAAACUUGCAAGCAGAAGAAGUUCUGGGGCGACCGUGUCCGGGACUCCAUGAUCUGUGCCGGGUUCAGGGACACCGAGGGCCCACCUGCAGCAUGUCAGGGCGACUCAGGUGGUCCUCUGCUGUGCCAGCUUGGCCGUGAUCGCUGGGAGGUGCACGGCGUGGUGAGCUUUGGCCCCAUCGGCUGCACCGUGGAGAACAAACCCAGCGUCUUCACCCGCACCACGGCCUACAUCCCCUGGAUAGAGGCGACCCGCAUCAGGGACUUCUUCCUGCACUGAGAGGGCCCUGCUGACUCAGCAAACCUAACCUCUGCUCCCUUACACCAUUCCUUUUUCCUUCACUACAUUGUGAAGCAAACACUUCACAAUGUAAAUAUGACCUUUAAACGUGCAGCUAGUUUUCAUUUACGUACAUCGGCAUUUACAAGUUACUUUCUGCAAUAAAAGUGAUAAAAAGCUGAA